UGCAGUUGCGGGACCGCUGCAAAGAGCUGUAGCCAUGUUCGGAGGGAUCUUGCCCCUGGUGCUGCUCCUCCCCCUGGUGGCCUCUGUCACCCCUUCCAAGGCCCCUCCCAGGUUCUGCAGACGCUGCUGUGACCACCUCGAGCCGCCCGAGGGCUCUUCCUCCCGCGCCGCCCCUCCCCAGCAGGUGCCCGAAGUGCGGACCUUCAUCAACAUGACCAUCCUCAAAGGGGACAAAGGUGACAGGGGGGACAAGGGGACACCAGGGAAAUCUGGUAUCGAGGGGCCCCCAGGAGCCCGUGGCCCCAUGGGUGACAAAGGAAGCCAGGGCCAGGCCGGUCCCCCUGGAGACGCCUGCAAAACCCAGCACUCUGCUUUCUCUGUGGGCAGACGGAAGGCCCUGCACAGCGAGGAGUACUACCAGGCCCUGGUCUUCGACACGGUCUUCGUCAACCUCCACGAGCACUUCAACAUGUUCAAGGGCAAGUUCUACUGCUACAUACCGGGCGUCUACUUCUUCAACGUCAACAUCCACACCUGGAACUUCAAGGAGACCUACCUGCACAUCAUGCAGAACGACCAGGAGAAGGUGAUCGUGUACGCGCAGCCCAGCGAGCGGAGCAUCAUGCAGAGCCAGAGCAUCAUGCUCUCCCUGGAGCAGAACGACGAGGUGUGGGUGCGCCUCUACAAGCGCGAGCGCGAGAACGCCGUGUACAGCGACGACGUGGACGUCUACAUCACCUUCAACGGCUACCUCAUCAAGGCCAACGUGGAGUAGGUCGCAGACUCCGCUGCCCAGCCGCCGGUCUACUUUUAACCCCUAAGAAGAGGUCCUCUUUCAUGGGGCUUGAAUACCCAAUCUUAAAAAAAAACGGAAAAAAAAACUGAUCUAACAGAAGCCACUGACGAAAUGGAAAAGUAAAAUAAACCAGUAAAAUCAGCUGAAUAAACAACAAACAAGUAAACCAGACCCUGAGACCUUGAAGGGUGUCUGUAAAUGGCCUGUUUUUCUAAUCCCAUUCUCCUUUUUUAUAAAAUGCUAAUUAAUACAUUGCCAUUUUUAACAUUUGUUUGGAGGGAAGGUAUUCAAUGUUUACAAUGGUACUGUUUACCCUGGUUUUUGGACAUUUAAUACGAUAUCUUGGUGCUGCAGGCCUGCACUGAAGGGACCACAGGCUCAGGUUGAUAUCCUCACAAAACCUAUGAUAUUUUGGUGCUCCGUUAAUGUUUUGUAUCCAGAGACAACAAUAAGAUAAAAUAAAAAAAACAUUUCAAAAGAGUAAGGUGCUGUAUUGGAUCUGCAGAAUUCUGCAGGGAUCAGUUUGCCAAGUUUAAAACAUUUUCUGCAGCUGCCUACAGUUAAAUGGCUCCAUGACUAAUCCCCAAAGACGCCAUUCAUCUCCACAGCUUCUCCUUAAAAACCCUUCUUUGAACCUGAAGAAAAACAAACUAAAAUGGAAGAAGGAGGAACACAAGAAUUGACCGAAAGUUGACUUUCUCAAGUCGACUUUCUCAAAUUGUCCCCGACAGGAUGAACAGAACCCUGUGACAGGCAGUGGUUCUGUAAAAGCGCUGGUUAUAGUUACAGUUGUAAAAAAGUUUUAUUGUUUUUUUAAAGCGACCGCUUUUUUCAGCAGUUUGUUGGCACUGCUUAUGACAUUGUCUGAACUGAUUAAACAUAUUUCUUUCAGUAUAUUAUAGUCCCUAAAGCAUUACAAACCAUAAUGAGGCAAGCAGCAGUUGUUGUAAAAGGUGACGCAUAUACGCACACAGUGUGUCAAACUUUGUCAUACUGUAAGAGGUAGCCUUUUUGAAUCUUUUUUUAAAUUUGCAUUAUGUCUGUUCAAUCAAAAUGUUUCUGACCAAAUUAUUGGGCCCUAAAAUCAAGACUCCCUAAUGCUAGUUAUGCAGAGAUGCACGGUGGGGGUGCAUUUCCGAAGCAGGGGAUCCACUGAAAGGGUGGAAAACGUCUCAGUCACCCUCAGUCCCAAUGAAAUUGCAAUUUGCCCACCCGUCCGUGGUCAGAAAGCCACAGCUGGCUGGGGGGCUGUUUUUGAACAGAUUUGAAACAGGAAGUCGAGGACGUGUGCUGGUUCUCUCUAACUGAAUCCAGACUUUCACCGCUGUUGGUUUAUGAAGGAGUUGGGGAGAGAGAAUGCAAGUACAGAGAAAAGAAAAAGAGUGAAAAAGACAGAGAGGGAACGUAAAAAUCUAUCUCAACUGGUAAAUUGUAGUAAGUACUUGAUGGCUCAAUUGUGUUCUUUAGGAAAUUACUUAGUUUGUCGUUCAUGCCAGCCCUGGGAAGCAAAUGCAGGAAGUAGAGUAAAUGAGGACUGGCAUCCUCACAGAGUUCCCCUGACCUGUGAGAACUGUGGGGGUUCUAGGGGCUGACAAUUUCUUGGCCAAGUCAGUGGGAGUAGGGAUUUUACGGCUCGGUUUUAGCAUUGCCAACACAAACAUCAGUGAGACCGAAGGCAUGUCAGGACUUGGGCAAAUGGAGUUUGCAGCAAACUCGGUAGCACAAAUGAACUGAAGUGUAGUGUAAGCAAUAGAGGCAAAAGUCAGAGUCUAUUAAAUCAGGGAUUAUGGCUGUGGUGCAGAGUUGUGGCUCUGGCUAUGGGCAGUAGUCUCAGGUGGAAACAUCCACUGGCUGAUUAUCUCGGAUGCGAUACGCUUCAACAGAAUUGCGAUUUAAUGAGUUGCCGUGGUGCGGUUGCACUCACCUAAACCAGCAAGUGAGCACUCACCUAAACCAGCACGUGAGCAAAGACCAGAAAAGACAAGACAUUGUCCUUGUAAUCUCUUCCGGUGGGUGAGUGAACCCAGAAAGUAUGGAGCAAUUAAUUGGCAACUGAAAAGGCAAAUGAAAUGUAAUCAUAAACAAGACUGAAGGAUGUAAGUGAGUACAGAAACAGGAUAUCAACACAAGGGAUUAUGGGAUGUUAAAAUGCCUUCAGCUUGUGUAUAUCAUUAUUUGUGGAAUGUCCACAGUUUACGGGCCAAAAGCUUACUUUCAAAGUAUUCCCUGAAAGAUUAUUAUUUUUGUUGUUGUUGUUGUUCAUGUUUUAGGUUCCAAAAUUGGUGCUUAGGUCUUGUUUGACUGUGGGUGCUACCAUUGUAUUGGAUUCAAUAAAUGUGCAAUC